UCACAGUCUAUUUCCCAGGCACUUAAGGCACAAAACCCUGUCACCACCCCAUCUGUCGAUAUUACCCCAGCUACCUCCAGAAUUGACUGUAAUGAUGGCUUAGCUCCAUCAAAAGACGGCGUGCAUAGGUCACGCAAGAGAGCCUGCCCGCGCCAGGCGGAAAAAGCGCGCCCCUGGAAGUCUGCUCGGGCCCGUCCCGAACUCAGCUCUGACUCUGAAAUUGAGUCUGAUGAGGAGGUUUUUAGUGAGGAUCAGUAUGCCUCUGAUGUAGACCUCUAAGGGGUCCGGGUGGCUGACGAAUUAGAAGGGUUUUCACCUCCACUUCAUCCCCCUUCUAGUAUGGUUCCGGAUGCUAAUCCUCCAGGAUCCAGUUCCCUUAUUGAUCCGCAGGGCGAACCCCUGUUUGAUCCAGACAGCCUUCACCAUCCAAGGUCGGCCGAAUGGGUACCUAUUCCACAUGUGGCACAAUACCUGGAGAAUAGGGUGAGAAAACCUCUCUCCAAGGAAACCAGGAAUAAAUUAAAGGCUGAAUGCCCCCGUCCCUUAAUCCCGAAUAAGAUGAUCCAGUUCCUUUCUAAGUCGGGUUUUAACCCCCGUAAGGGCCUAGACUCCGCUCUUAGGGCUUGCCAAGACAAGCUCUUAGACAGUCUAGGACCCAUGACAAAAUUUUUUGAGCUGGCAGAAACUGCCAGAAUUGAGGGUACGGCCAUAGACCCAGAAGAGCUUAGUGGCUGGGCGCAACGCGCCAUUUGUUUAAUAGGAAACGUUAAUUCCUCGUUAUCCAUUGAACGUAGGAAGGCAUUGCUCAUGAAGAUUGAGCCCAAACUUACUAACAUGGCCCUAACGGAGACGGGUAAGGAGGCCCAGGGGCUCCUCUUUGGUGAUAGUUUUAUCAAAGACUUAGGUAAAUUUGUGGGAGCAUUUACUGCGCUUGAUAAAGCUCAGAGCUCCAUGCGUAGAGUAUUCCACGGGCGUGUCUCUAAUAGGGCCGGCAGUUUUAGGGGCCGACUGUCCGGCCGUGUCCACUUCCAGACGCGUGGAAACGCUCGAGGUCCCUAUAACCAAAGACCAUCGUUCCAAGAACAAAGGCAACAAUCUUCCUUCUUCCCAUCCAGGGGUCAGCAGUUUCGCUCCAGAGGAUUCAGAGGCAACCUUGGAUCCAGACGUCCACUGGGUAAGUCCUCAAAACCUGUGUGUUUCUUCCAACCCUUGCAUCGGGGUCAGGCUCCAACAUUUUUUACCCGCUUGGAACCGGGUUACCUCCGAUCCGUGGGUACUAACCACAGUCCAAGGGUUUCGAAUAGAUCUUGUGGUUUCUCACCUGUCACUCCCAGACCCUCAUCCGCUAAUACUCUCGAGAUCGUCCCGGUCUUGCCUGGACCGGGAGCUCCGUUCCCUUGCGGACAAAGGAGCAAUAGAGAGAGCACCUCCUCACUCUUUGGGGGUGAUCAGCAAUAUGUUUUUGGUAGAAAAGAAGGGAGGUCAAUUCCGUCCAGUAAUAAACUUACGGAAUCUGAACAAAUUUGUAUGUUACCGCCAUUUCAAAAUGGAAGGGAUUCAUUUGCUCAGGGACCUUCUACUACCAGGGGACUGGAUGGUGAAAUUGGACCUGAAAGAUGCCUAUCUGACGGUUCUGGUGUCUCCUCAGUCCAGAACGCUCCUCCAGUUUUACUGGCACGACCUCCUAUGGCAGUUCACGUGCCUCCCGUUUGGCCUAUCGUCAGCCCCCUGGUGUUUCACCAAGUUGAUGAGACCAGUGGUGGCUUGCCUUCGCAGUCAAGGUAUCCGUCUUGUGAUUUACCUAGACGAUAUCCUCUUCAUGGCUCAAUCCCCAUUGGAGCUCUUAACCCACCUACAAGCUGCGAUGUCUCUUAUUACAGGUCUUGGAUUCGUCAUCAACACCGAGAAGUCCUGCCUACAUCCUUCGAGAUCGAUGGAAUUCCUGGGUUUUGUGGUGAACUCCACCGAACAGACCCUAUGCCUCCCUGGAUCCAAAAUCAGAUCUAUAUGCAAGGAACUUCGUCACGUCCUGAGACUUCCUCAGAUGUCCCUGCGUCACCUGGCACGCAUUAUCGGCCUUCUAUCCUCGUCGAUUCAGGCGAUUUUUCCAGCUCCCCUUUAUUACCGAGCAUUGCAACGACUGAAGAUCGCCCAUUUGCAAGCGGGUGCAUCCUAUGCGGACAUGGUGACGUUGGAUCGCGAGACGAGGGACGAACUCACGUGGUGGAUCUCGACGCGUGGAAUGGCAAGGCCAUCGUGGGACCUCAACCGGAUCUGAUCGUGGAGUCGGACGCCAGUCUUCUUGGCUGGGGUGCAUACUGCAACGGGGUUUCCACCGGAGGACCAUGGUCAGGCAACGAAUCUCACCUCCACAUAAACGCUCUGGAACUGUUGGCGGGCUCCUUCGCCAUCCACAGCUUCACCAGCGACAGGAUUUCGGCGUGUAUCAGGCUCAGGAUGGACAACGUGUCGGCCGUACGGUAUGUCAACGCCAUGGGGGGCACCCACUCGUCAAUCCUAACCCAUCUAGCGAAGGAAUUCUGGUCCUUUUGCCUAGACAGAGGCUUUACAGUGGUCGCGGAAUACAUCCCAGGGCUACACAAUACUUUCGCGGACUGGAGUUCUCGUCACUCAUCGGACUUCAGCGACUGGAAAUUAGAUCCAGCGGUAUUCUCAUCCAUCACAUCGAUUUGGGGACCUCUCUCUAUGGAUCUGUUUGCUUCACGUUGGAACGCCCAGCUCCCGCACUUCUACAGUUGGAGACCGGAUCCUCUGUCGGUAGCCGUGGACACCCUUCUUCAAGAUUGGUCGGGUCAACUAGCCUACGCGUUCCCCCCUUUUGCGCUCAUCCCGCGAGUGCUGUCUCAGGUCCGUCGCCAACUCGCGGACUUGGUGCUGAUAGUUCCCUUUUGGCAAGCCCAAUCAUGGUUCCCUCAACUCCUGGAACUUUUAGUGGAGGACCCCCGUCUUCUUCCAUCGUUUCCAGAUCUUCUUCUCGGACCUCUGGACCAACUUCAUCCGCUGGUUGACUCCCGAUACAUACCUACAUACCUUGUGAGGUUGCCAGGACUUUCUUAG